GUUCCAGUAAGUGCCAAUGGUCGAAAUCAAUGGAAUGAAGAUAGUACAGACCAGAGCUAUUCUCAACGACAUUGCCACCAAAUAUGACCUCUGAGGGAAAGACAUAAAGGAGAGAGCCCUGACAGAUAUGUACACAGAAGGUAUGGCAGAUUUGAAUGAAAUGAUCCUCGUUUUGCCUCUGUGUCCACCUGAUCAGAAAGAGGCCAAGAUUGCCCAGAUCAAAGAGAAAGUAACAGAUCGUUAUCUCCCCGUGUUUGAAAAAGUGUUAAAGAGCCACGGACAAGACUACCUUGUUGGCAACAGGCUGAGCAGGGCUGACAUUCACCUGGUUGAACUUCUGUACUAUGUGGAAGAGCUUGACCCCAGCCUUAUGGCCAACUUCCCUCUGCUGAAGGCCCUGAAGACCAGAAUCAGCAAUCUCCCUCCCGUGAAGAAGUUUCUGCAGCCUGGCAGCCAGAGGAAGCCUCCUAUCAGUGAGGAAGAUUUAGAAAAAGCAAGGAAGAUUUUCAGGAUUAAAUGAAGCGGGCAUGGAUGGCCACCACUUGCAUCUGGGGCUUCCAACAAUGAUGUGCGUUACCUGAUGUAAGAUGCUGAUGAUUGUGAGGCUAGUAAAGUUUUCAAAAGUAUAUAAUUUCAUCUACUAUGAAGAUUUGCAAAGCAAUUUAUUUUGUUUUUACCAAAUAUCAAAUCAUGAUCAGCCCCUAGGACAUCUCUUGGACUUAAAAAUAAAUAAAGGGAGAAAAAAAUUUAA